AUGAGAUGUCAAUUUAUAUGUUCACAGCGUUUUUUAAUUUGCAGUCUUGGCAAUCCUGGAGCAAAAUAUCGUUUUACAAGACAUAGUCUUGGACAUUAUGUAUUGGAGCAAAUUCAUAGUUAUUUUGGAUUUUCUGUCUUUGAAAAGGAUCCUUCAUGUUUUGGAAUGUAUGCAAAAAGGGAUGAUUUACCAUUUUUGUUGUUUCAAUCAUGUGUUUUUAUGAAUGAAUCAGGGAAAGCUGUACAGAAGGCAUGGAAUAAGUUUUGUGCAGAUAUGGUUGUUGAGGGAGAAGGAAGACCUUUACUAGUGGUCCUUCAUGAUGAUAUUGAAGAGAAAUUUGGUACAGUUAAAGUUCGGGAACAAGGAAAGGGAAGGUAUAAUUUUGUGAUUGAUGUUUGGUAUAUAUUAAAAAAUCAAGAGGUCAUAAAGGCAUACAAUCGUGUAUUAAAUCGUUACUUACUGAGGAAAUCGUUUGUUCGAUUUUCAAUUGGUUUAGGUAGACCUUCCACUCGGGAAUCCAAAGAUGUGGUUAAUUUUGUACUACAGAAGCUGUCUCCACAAGAAUUGAGUUACAUAAAUGAAAUAACUGUUCCAAAGGUUAUUGAGGAGAUUGAAAAAUUAAAAGAUAGAGUUAAAAGUGAGUAA